AUAUUACUCAAAUCAGUGCCGAGAACCAAAAAUUAACUGGGGACUUGAUCGUUGAGGAUUAUCCAUUAUUGAAGAAAAUCGAACUCAAGAACCAUCAUUUAAAUUCUCUAACCGUUAUCAAUUGCCCUAAUUUACAACAUGUAAAUGUUAGAGAUAAUGGAUUAACUAUUUUGGAUUUAAGUAAAGUUAAAAUUGAUAUGGAUAAAAAAGGAGUUGAGAGCGAAGUGAAAGAAAUUAUUGCUAGUCAAAACAACUUAACUAUUUUGGAUUUAACCAAUUGUCAACAAGUUCAAGAAUUAUUAGUUGCCGAUAAUGCUGAUUUAAAGGAGUUAAAAAACUUAAAUCAAACAUUUUUAAAGAAUUUUAAUUUAAUUAAUACUCAAAUUGAUUUGGAAAAGGAAAAGCAGACUCUAAGACAAAGAAACGAUUAUCUUUUCGACAUAAUUAAAGGAGUGAAUGAAAUGGGCAAAGAUCGGGGGUUGGCAUUAUCCGAUCUAAUUGUCUCGCCUGAACAGAACGAAGAGGCUAUUAAGAGGCUAUUAAUUAAAACUCGAAAUAGAGAUAUAGCGAAUCUCAAGUUAAAACCCAGCCAGGAACAAAAAUUAGAUCUUUACGAUAAAUUGCAACAAACUCCUCAAGCAGUUAAAGAACGGAUAAGCGAAUUAGAAGAAAAGCUAAAGCAGAUGGAACAGGAAAAGGGGGAUAAAAUAAAAGAGUUGGAGACCAAAUUGGAGGAAGCGAAUAAUAAAUACCAACAGACUGCUGCUGAUAAGGACAAGGAAAUUAGAGAUGUAAAAGAGUUAGACCAAGCCAAGCAGGAAUAUGAAAAUUUAAGCAAGAGGCCCGAUUUGCCAAUUACUUCGCAAAAAUUUUGGGAUGAUUAUGUUUACCGUUGA